GUGGCUCCCUUGGGAUUCUCCCCUCCAUCCUUAAGAUUCAAACGAAGAGGUCCCCGGCCGGGCACCAGGCGCAAGAAGCCAGCACUGCAAGGCUGCCGGAUCCGGGCCGGGCCGGAGGAGAUUUGCACGGCGGCUCCGCCUCCUGCUGCAUCUGAGCUCGCUGGCAAACCGGACGGUUCCCGAGGAGGAGUCCCCAGCCCGGGCAGGAGCUCUCAGCCCCUCCUCGCAACAGGGCCGGGCCAGGCGCCUGCCCACAUCGCCUGCCCCAUGCAAAGCUCCGAGAGGGACCGGCCGAGGCUGCUGCUUCCGAGGAGACCCGACGAGGAUGGGCAAAGCGGAGAUUGCAAUGACACCCCUUCAGCAGUGGGGUGAAGAGGCAGAAGAUGGGGCCAUCUACAGCAUCGUCCUUCACCGAGUGAGGGCAGAGCCCAUCGCCAACAGAUCCCGUCAGCUGGAUGUCCCCGGCACACCAGAAUGUCCCUUUGUACAGUACCGCACGUUGAAGAAGCGCCUGUUGCGGGCUGCUACACUCCCCAGGCUGGUGGAGUGGCUGGUGUCUGCCAAUGUGGAGGGUGACCUUGGCUACGUGCCCAGCUUCCUGGCCACCUACCGGGCCUUCGCCAACCCUGCGCAGGUGCUGGAGCUGCUGCUGCCACGGGGACCGGACAAGGCAGUGCUGCACGUAUUGGAACUCUGGCUGCAGCAUCACCCUGGAGAUUUCUGGGAGCCCCCCCAGCACCCCAGCCUGCAGAGAACCUUGAGCUUCUUGCGCCAAUCUGCUCGUGACUCCCCAGCGUGUACUCUGGCAGAGGGGCUGUGGCAGUCCCACAAAGACGACGAGGAGCAGCACAGGAGGGCAGGUGCAGCUGAGGCAGACGGAGGGGAGCCCACAGGGAUGGGGCUGCCACAGGUGAUCGGAGAAGCAGCUGGGACAGGUGACCGCGAGGAGACACCAGCCCUCCUUUCCUUCUCGGUGGAUGAAGUAGCUGAGCAGCUGACCCUGAUUGAUGCAGAGCUCUUCCGAGCAGUGCGGCCCUUCCAUUGCCUGGGCUGCGUGUGGUCGCAACGAGACAAGAAGGAGAAUCAGCACGUGGCUCCCAGUGUCCGAGCCACUGUGGCCCAGUUCAAUGCAGUCACUAGCAGUGUCAUUGCAUCUGUACUGGGAGACCUGACUCUGCGCUUUCCCCAGCGGGCACACCUGCUAGAGAAAUGGAUCGACAUUGCCCAGCGAUGUCGGGCCCUCCGGAAUUUCUCCUCGCUGCAUGCCAUCCUCUCUGCCCUGCAGUCUAACUCCAUCUACCGACUGAAGCGGACUUGGGCUGCUGUACACAGGGACACCAGGGGCUCCUUCCGAAAGCUCUUGCAGAUCUUCUCCGAAGACAACAAUUACCUGAAGUGCCGAGAAAUCUUGCUGCAGGAAGGAGGUAUCCAGGGCUCCAGUGAUGGACGGAACAGCACACAACCCCCAGCCGGGGCAUCUCCGAAGGCUCCCACCAUCCCAUAUCUGGGCACCUUUUUAACGGACCUAAUCAUGCUGGACACAGCACUACCAGAUUUUGUGGAGAGCAACCUCAUUAACUUUGAGAAGAGGCGCAAGGAAGCAGUGAUCCUCUCCUGGAUCUGCCAGCUGCAGGAUUCAUGUCAAGAGUACAAUCUUUGCCCAAACCCAUCCUUCCGUCUUGCCUUUCACCACCAGCAGCAGCUCUCUGAGGAGCAGAGCUACCGGAUUUCCCGUGUGAUUGAGCCACCAGCUGACUCCUGUCCCAACUCGCCGAAGCUGCACCGCAGCCUGACCAAGCGCUUCAGUUCACUUCUUCUAGGCUCAGAAGCUUCUGCUGCUGCUCCAAGCCCUGAGAAGCCCGGAAUCUCACCGCUGGGCUCCUACAGCAGCCUUUCCUCUGAAGAUAUGCCUAGCACCCCUUGUUCACCAACUCGGGGACUCCCCACUAGCAAGAAUCUGUCUUUAUCGCAGCUAAGGCCCUGCCUUCCGCUCGAGCAGCCCCCGCCAUCUCCCAUCUCCAAGCAAAGAGGGACAGAGUCACGCAUUAUCCGCGUCAGCAUGGAUGAUGUGCAUGGAAAUGGCAACCUUUACCGCAGCAUUGUGAUCACCAGCCAGGAUAAGACCACGGCUGUAGUUCAGCGCGCACUGCAGAAGCACAACUUGGAAGGGCACUCGCUGCACAACUACCGGCUCCUGCAGCUGUUGGGAGAUGGCCAAGAGCUACUGAUCCCCGACGGCGCCAAUGCCUUCUACGCUAUGAACCCCGCUGGCCCCCACGACUUCCUCCUCUGCCACAAGGAAGGAGCCCCCAACUCCAUUGGGACAAUGCAGCCUGGUAGCAAAACCACGCUCCACGGCACCCACACACGCAAGGACCGUGGCGCCGGAGCUCUCGCUGCCUCUUCAUCUUCUUGCAGCUCUCCACACCUAGGCCCUUCUAGCCUGUCCCCACAUGGCCCAACAUCCCCACAGCUCUGGCUAGCUUCGUGUCUCCUGGCACCCCCAUUUCCAUCACCUUCCUCCAGACCCACAGGGACACAGCAGCCGCCAAGUGACGCUCCGAGCUCUCCUCCUUCCCCCCUGCCUCUUUCUCACCACUCACCCUUCGGUCCAGCUCUAUCCCAUGUUGUUCUGCCCUCCUCCUCGCAGAGGCCAAAGACUCCUGCUUCUUCAUGCCAGUCGCCCCUUUGCUACUCCUCAGGGGCAUCCCGUUGGUCAGGGUCUUUUAGUCACUGUGACAUCCCUCGCCUUUCAGCUUCCCAAACUCUAGACGCUCUGAGCAGUCCUGACCUAAAACUGGGCACUCAGGGCCACAGCUAAUAUAGUCACGAAUAGAGACUCCCCCCCUCCAUGAGACCACAGGCAAAUGGCCAGGAUAACUGAGUGCCCCACGAGGAAGCUAUGACGUUAAUGGAUUGGCCACUGUGAGGUUCCAUAGCUGUGCCUUCCCCGGCCUCCCCUCAGUAAUCCUAGAACUGUAGAGCCAAGAGAGAUGGGCUUACAGGCCAUCCAGUACAAAACACAGCUGAUGUGCAGGUAUCCAGGUAUGCAGAGUCUUGCCAGCGGAGAUCAGAGGUGCCACACGAUGCCAGUGUCCUGGUGUUUUGUUUCUUCUCUUUUUGAUUUAUGACAUUUGCCAUCAGUGACUUUAUUUUUUAAAAUAUAUUUUUUAAUUUUGUUUUUUGUUUUUAAGUAUAAACAUGUAACAGAAAACAAUUCCAAAUCCAAAUAUUGAGAUUACACUGAAUCUCCUGACUUCCCCCCAUCGCUUCCAGGGGUCCUAGUAAUAACAACUGCAAAUCAGUACUUAUCCAAAUUUUUAAUCCUUCUAAAUCAGGCAUCCCCCAAACUACGGCCCUCCAGAUGUUUUGGCCUACAACUCCCAUGAUCCCUAGCUAACAGGACCACUGGUCGGGGAAGAUGGGAAUUGUAGUCCAAAACAUCUGGAGGGCCGAAGUUUUGGGGAUGCCUGUUCUAAAUUAUCCAUACUUUCCAUUACUUUACAAGUGUGGUUAAAAUAACCUGCUUACAGUGGUCUCGUAAAUAAAUUAUAAACUUUUCUCAUUCUUUCUUAAAGUUCUUGUCUUCUUGAUUUCUGAGCUACCCAGUUCAUUUCGCCAUUUCGGCAUAGUCCAUCAUUUUUUUUAUUUCAGUAUUGACAGAGAGAGGCUAUAGAACCCAGCCUCUUGAAUUUCCACCCCCCCCCAAUCUCUCCCACUUCCUCAUGCAUCACCUCUAUGGGUGCUGCUACAUGCCCUCUGCCUUUGAGCUCUUUGCUCUCCUACUUUUAAGGCUUGCCGGGUUCUGGGAGAUGGAGGGUCUGGAAUCCUUCCAAUGACAAUGUGCCAGCCAGCUGCUGCUGUGGUUCUGCCUGCUCCUACUCUCCCAUGAUUUCCCUACUUUUCCACUCAUCUGCCCCUGAGUUGUGACCAUAGCUGCCAAGUCUCCCGUUUUCCCUGGGAAAUCCCCGUUUUCCCAGCUGUUCCUAGCUGAAAAAACUGAUUUUUUUGUUUUCCCCCGGUUUAUUCUGGCGCGGCGGCCAUUUUGGAACUG